GAGGGUAUAAAAAGCCCCUGGCUGGUGCGGCAGGCACCACACCUCCUGAGCCAGUCCUCCGUAGCCUGCCCAGCCUUCAGUAUGGAAGUUUCCCCCACAUCCGUCAAGCGAAAGACCCAGCUGGAGAAGGAGCUGGACUGCAUCGUCAACAUCUACCACCAGUACUCCUUCCGGCACCCCAUGGAUGACUACCUGCAGAAGGCCGAGUUCAAGAAGCUGCUCAGAGAACAAGCCAGUGACUUUCUGAAACACACCAAGCCGCCCAAUGUAACCAUGGAAGAGUACCUAGACAACCUCUUCAAAAAGGCUGAUGUGAAUCGUGAUGGCCGUGUCAAAUUCACCGAGUUCCUGAUCACGCUGGCAAGCGUGGCCAUCGACGUGCACAACACCUCGCAUAAGCCUGGGCAUGGACAUGGGCACUCACACGACGCUUGAUGUGGCCCUGACCUGGCUGUGCUCCCUGCAGACCCGUCGCAACAGCCGCUGCCAUGAAUUAGAUCCUCUCAGCUCCAAGCUACAAAACUUGAUGUAACCAAACUGCCUCUGUGGACUGACCAUGUAGCAAUAAACGCUCCUUCCAAAGUA